CUUGUGCGGGGAACAGCUGAUUUUACAGCAAGUGUCAAUUUGUUCAAUUCUACAGAAAUCACGGAAGUUAAAAUUACUUAAAUUUAAUAUGGAUAUUGAAGACAACUCCAGCCGAAAUCCUCUACUAGAAGAAUGCUGUGAAGAUUUGUUUGGUAUACAUCUGGAUCCUCCAGAUAGACGCGACAAAUGUGAGAAAUGCAAGAGACCAGCUGUGGUCUGUUGGUGCCCAUCAUUACCCAAUCCGCCACUUGACAUCAAAUCUGCGAUUGUUAUAUUGCAACAUCCUGCCGAGGAGAAGCGUUCCCUGCGCACAGCCUUAAUGCUGCAACUUGGCGUAACACCCGGAAAAUGUGUGGUAUAUAAAGGCAAACGAUUUCCAUCGCCAAAGAAUCAAGCCGAGCUAGAACCAAUCCUAAAUUCACCCAAUUCUUUACUACUUUAUCCGAGUAAAGACUCUGUGCCUAUAGAAUGUGUUAUGGCGCAAAUAAACACAGAUCAAGAUGAACGGAAUGAGGAACAACCUUUUACUUUGGUGCUUAUUGAUGGUACAUGGCCACAGGCAAAAGCAAUUUAUGCUAGCAGUCCCAUGCUGCACGGCAUGCGACAAGUCAAACUUAUAGCGGCCGGCAAUAGCGAUUAUAUCAUACGCACGCAGCCUACCGAAGGAUGUCUCAGCACACUAGAAACAGCGGCGCAAGCACUAUCGGUGCUGGAGCAACGCGCUGAAUUGCGCCAACUGCUAGUACGUCCACUGCAUACCUUGUGUAAAUAUCAGUUGGAUAAUGGCGCUGUGGAACACCAAUCGAAAGAAUUUCGCAUUAAAAAUCAACAAUAUCCUAAACAAAUUGGUAAACGAUUAAAUCGUUUGCUCAAUUAUAGUACAAUUUGUCGACCUGAGGCGAGGGAAGAAAGUAUGAUGAAUGGAAUGGAUACGAACUUACAACAGCAGCAACAAGAAACGUGAAAGUAGGCAGAUUCAUUUCACAAACAUUUGUGUACAAUAUAAGUUGCGUUCCAGAUGCUUCCGGAUUUGCAGGAAAAGCUUUUUUCUCCAUUAAUAAACCUUAUGAAAGAUGGUCACCUGGAACGGCUUCCUGUAAAAACCUGCAUAUCGUGAAGCAUCUGCAACGCAACUAUAGCUUUAAGUGCAUUUAUUUUCUUUUAUACAUAUGUAUGUAUGUAUUGCUAGUUUGUUAAGUAUGUAACUUGAGUUUAUAGCAAUUUUUUAAGUGCGCAUAAAAAUCAUGAAAUACUUGCAAAUGUAAGUUUGUUAGAAAAUCUGUAAAGAUUUGUGCAGAAUCUCAGAAUCAGAAGCCUUAAGUCAAUGUUUGAUUGUCCGCAGCUUCAAGCGUGCGUUUCAUAAGACACUUGGCUAUGGCAUAAGUACGCACACAUGCAUUUACUUCGCUUUCUGAAAGUUAAAUCGUUUAAAAAAUAAUAUUUUUAUAAUACAUUAACUUACCUGAUUCUGAUUCACAUAAUUCAACUGAAUCGGCGAUUAUUGACCACAUAGUUUGCAUUAUCAGAUCCUUAUUUAAAUGCCAAUUUUUUAUUAAGCCCGACUUUUCCAAGAAACAACGUAUGAAACACUGGAGGAAUACAAAUAAAGUGUCGUGGUUGUAACGGUAACAAAAUAUUUGGUAUCAACGUUUUGGUUUUGUUUUUUUUAAUUAAAAAUGUAUAAAUAUUUGUAAAUGCUCUAUUACCAUGCCCGUUUUAUCUGUUGUGUCUGACAUCUCGCCCGUUGUGUUGAAUUGCACAAUGUAAUCUGUUAAAAAAAAAAAAUCGUAUAUCUUUAAUGUUUUUACAACGUUUCAGUUAUUAGCUUUCAAGUACAAAUAUACCCAUUGGUAUAGAAAAGCUGGCAUUGCAGGUACUCAUCACUUCCUCAACAUUAAAGGUAUUGCUUCCAUACGUUUGUGCAGCUAUUGGUAUAUCUGUUUGGUCCGCAGUUAUACCAGCCAUAACUGACUGAGUUUUGUGCUGUACAUAAAUAUCUCCAUUAUCCUUGGGCCGACUCUGUGCUCUAACCAUAUUGCAACAAUAAAGCAGUAAAAAAGUAAGCGUCAGCUG